AUUUCACUUAGCUCCUCUAUAUAACCAAAAUCUCCUCUUUCCUCUUCCCAAACCCUAGAGACUGCUCCUCCGCUUCCCUCUCACAGGUGAUUGAAAGGGUCUACAGGCAGACGUUUCUUCAGAUUCUUCUACAUCAAUGGGUCCUAAAGCGGAGAGUUCCAAAAAGGGUGAUCCAAAGGCACAGGCAUUGAAGGCUGCCAAAGCAGUGAAAGCAGGUCUGACCUUUAAGAAGAAAGCGAAGAAGAUACGAACAUCUGUUACGUUUCACCGUCCAAGGACAUUGAAGAAGGACAGGAAUCCUAAGUAUCCUCGAAUUAGUGCUCCACCAAGGAACAAGCUUGAUCAUUAUCAGAUUCUCCAAUAUCCCCUAACGACUGAGUCUGCAAUGAAAAAGAUCGAAGACAACAAUACUUUGGUUUUCAUUGUUGACAUUCAUGCGAACAAGAAGAAGAUCAAGGACGCUGUCAAGAAGAUGUAUGAUAUUCAGGCUAAGAAAGUGAAUACCUUGAUCAGGCCUGAUGGUACCAAGAAGGCAUAUGUUAGAUUGACACCAGAUUACGAUGCCUUGGAUGUCGCCAACAAAAUUGGUAUUAUCUAAAGAUUGUGUCUGGGAUCCUCUUUUGGAUCUUUUUAAUUUUAUUCAAAUUCAUAGAGUAAGUCAGUUCUUUCAGGACUAUAUAAGCUUCGAGAUUUUGCAAACUAGUUUACAAGUUGUAAUCUUUGUGUCAUUGCUGGUUCAUGUUUCGGUGUUUUUUGGUUUAACUGACAUUUCAACCAAGUAGGCUUGAAGGUACGAUUUUUCU